AUGCACUCCAGGGGCGAUAAAGUGCCAGGCGAAACGGACAAGGAACGGAAUGGCCGAAACCGUAAUCAGUUUACUGGAAAGCGCCCUAGAACUCCGUCCCCAAUUAAUCCUUUAGAAGGUACUAUUGGGUCAGCUUUUAAGCGACAAAAGAACGAGCAUAUCGACCACUUUAAGACUCCUACGAAGGCAAUUGUACAAGGGAUUGUAGCCUAUACCGAUAAGAGAGUACCUGACGAGGUACAAGAGACUCGAAAAGAUAUCUUUGACUUCUGCGGAGUCUCUAAACGCACAGGCUACCGAUAUAUCGAAGACCUACCUGACAUCGAGGCUACCUCAGCUCGCCGACUCGAGAAUGAUCCCACGAAGCCUAAGACUAGGGGCUAG